AUGAGGUGUGGCUCCCUUGGUAAGACAGAGUGGUCUUGCCUGGACACGACGCUUCACCCACUCAUCAAACGGACACUCUACCUGCCUGCCAACGCUGCUAACGACUACCUCUAUGGUAGCUCCACAGCGGGUGCCAUUGGCAUUCCUGUGGUGGCAGAAGUCAGUGACAUCUGCAGAAGUGACAAUGCCUUCAAACUUCUCUCCUCUGCAGACACUGAAGUCCAGGACGUGGCACUGCAGGUGCUCAUUGUUGUGACAAGCAAGAGGUUGAGACGCAUUGCAGAACCUGGUGACAUGGCCGCCUACCUGAGCAGCGAGACUGAGGGUGACAUCCGGGCCACGGCGACGCAGCUCCAGUCCGUGUGGACGGAGGCCCGCAAGGCUUCUCGGCACCUUGGUGUCACCUGGGAAUUCGAAGAAGACGGCCCCCACAUCUCCAGGGGUGACAUAACACUUGGUCUGAGGAGACAUACUAAGGUGGUGAGGACACUCAGGACGGCACUGCUGAACGCACGAAAUCACGAUCUCCACCAAAAACCCAGUCAGGGGAAAGUGAUGGAGUGCAUUGCCACCGACCGGAGCAGUUCCCACUUUGGGUGUACCGGCCAAUUUACGAGGUUUGCCGACUGGCGUUUUGUUCACCGGGCCCGGCUCAACGUCGUUGCCCUGAACGGAGCAAGGCCGUGGGCUACGACCAUAGACCAACAGUGUAGGAUUUGUGGCGGUCAACCCGAGACCCUGCCACAUGUCCCGUGUCACUGCAUGACUCACAGUCAAGCAUACACAAACCAGAUCGUGAACCGAGUGAAAGCCGCUGCCUCUGCCAAGUUCACUGUCACCCAUGAGAAUCGGCCAGUAGGAAGUACUAAUCUCCGUCCUGACCUUGUGCAUUGCAGGGGCGAGGAGGCGAUCAUCGUUGAUGUAACCUGCCCGUUCGAGAUUGGAUUGGAUUGGAUUAGAGGCAACUUUAUUUAUGCCCGUUUGAGAACCGGCCUGCAGCCCUGA